AUUAGAGUGAGGUUGAUAUUUCAAUUAGAAAAAAAACAGUGAAAAGUGAAUAGAUAAUUGGACCAUUUAACUACGGAUAAUAGUGCUUCGCAAUGUCUCGCAAUCAGUUACCGGAUUCAUCAUCAUCGCCACCUAUAAGUCACAUAUCCUUCCACAACUUUGAUGAUGACAUGAUAAAUGAUUUGCCCUCCUGCGUUUAUGCAGGAGGCAGCAAUGCCGUCGCUGGUACGGGAAAUUCCAAUUUGCGCAUGAACUCAAAUAAUUAUCGUCAAAUGCAGCAGCAGUAUAUGCAACAACAAAGUAAUGAAAACAUUUUGGAUUCUUCAACAAACAUCGGUUUGAAUACCGGCAAUAAUAGCGCCCCACAAUCGUUAAUGUGUGGAAACAGUCCAAAUACGAACAGCAGCAGUUCAUACAAUGCCGCUUCCUACAAAAUUCAAAGGCAACAGGCGAAUGUACGGGAACGGAAGCGAAUCCAGAGGUCGGCACCAACUGGGUACAACAAUAUAUGUAGUAUCAAUUCAGCCUUUGAUGAGCUGAGGGUACAUGUACCCACAUUUCCAUACGAGAAGCGUCUAAGUAAAAUCGAUACUCUACGACUUGCCAUAGCGUACAUAUCGCUACUGCGAGAAGUUCUUCAAUCAGACUACGAUCCACUCACAUAUGUGGAAAAGUGUUUGAGAGGAGAAAUCAAGGCGGACAAAGCCAAUUGGAAUACCAGUGAUUUAACGGCUCGUCUCUCAUGGAUCAAUUGGGAAAAUUUGGGUGUUCAUCCUGGAAGAAGAACUUUGUUGACCUCAUUGGCCCUUUCGUCUGAGCCCAUGUGCGGAGUACACUGUGGACCACCGUAAAGCAAUUUGUCUGUGUUUCCUCAUGAUCAUCGUUUUGUCUUCCAUUCCCAAAGUAAACCAAAGUCAUAUCCAACAGCAUUGCUAGCUAGUUUUUAAAAGAAUGUAGCCGCUUUAAGUUUGUUUUUUAUUUUUCUUCUUCUGUUCUUUAUUAGUUGGUAUUAUUAUUAUCUUUGUUACGCAUUACGGUCAUUACAAUAAAGCAAUAAAAAAUAAAUAUUUAUAGA